ACACAAACCGAAAACCCUAGAAAAGGAGAAAGAUAGAAGAAAGAGUCCACAGAGCGAGCGAUAGAUAGAGACAAUGGAGAGAAAAACAGAGCUUCACGUUUAGAAGGUCAUCAGUUCAUCAACACACUCAAGAGAAAACCCACACACCCUUUUUCUUCUUUCUUUCCUUCUUCGGUGGAAAUUGAAAAUCAGUGAGAAUUAAUGGAGAAUUCUGGAGUCGGGAUGAGCAGAGGAGGAAGCGGAGAAGUAUUGGAGCCAUUAAGUGAAGAAAUGGCAGAUAUUGUGUAUGCAAAUAAUAAUCGAGGAUGUUGUUUUUGGAUUCCGUGUUUAGGUUCAAAUAAUCGACGAUCAGAAACUGAUAGAUUAGUCUGGUGGGAUCGUGAUAGAGAUAAUCGAACGCCUGAAAAUCAUCACGGUGAAGAUAAAUGGUGGAAGAAAGGAUGGAAUGCUAUCAUGAAAGUAAGAGAAUGGUCUGAAAUAAUGGCAGGUCCCAAAUGGAAAACUUUUAUACGCCGAUUUAAUAAGAACGGGAAUAACAAUAAAUCGGGUAAAUUCCAGUAUGAUCCGCUGAGUUAUGCACUUAAUUUUGAUGAAGGUCCAGGGCAAAGUGGUCAAUCAGAUGAAGAUUAUGCUUACCGUGAUUUCUCUUCGAGGUAUGCCGCCAUUCCUAUCUCUGCUAAAUCGUCAAUGGAUCUCGGUAAAGAUGGACCAUCUUUUGUUUGAUGAGAUUAAAAUAUUCACCGUUUGAUUAAUAUGCGCCUGUGAUGCUGAAAUGCGCUGGCUGUUUAAAGUGAGCCACUUGUGAUCAUUGAGAGAGAGAUAUUCUUUUAUUCUUCUACUUGGAUUGGAGAUGGUGGUUGUGGCUGUGAACUUUGAUUUUUUGAUGGGGGCAAACAGGUGGCUCUGGUGGGGUCUUAGGUUUUUUUUUUUGUUUCUUUUCUUUUAAUUUUGAUGAUUUGUUGGGUGGUGGUGGAGGAUUUCUUAUUUAUUUGUAUAGAAAAGAUACCUGCAAAUAAGAAAUUAUAGGUUUUUAUUUUUCUUAAUGAAAAUUAAUUAAUAAAAUAAGAUCAAUGCAAUAUGAUUAUAGCUA